UUAUAAAAAAUAUGCACGAAUUUACCAUAAUGUAUAAAAAGAGUAAUUUAUGUGAAGUGUAUAUUUUCAAAAGCUAUGUAUAUUGAACCGUGAUUAAAUCUAUACCAGACAGUGCUCGAGUUAAUCUUGCGAAUAGGAUGUAUAACAUAUGUUCUUUUAUGAUCGCGAUUCUUGCAAGUUUAUCUGAUAAAUUUUAUGGAGCAGAUUAAGAACCACCUGAGAGGGGCAAUCAUUUUACUUCCUAACUCUAUUCAGGUCUUUUUGAUCCCGCUCUUAACAAGCUUGUGCGGCAAAAUUCUACACCUUUAUUUAGAAGUAACACGUUGCAUCUGUGAUAUUUAAAAAAUACUUAAACUUUCAAAUAUCAGUAUUGAAUUAGUAAAAGGAAUCAAUAACACAAUGAUAUACCAUUUGCGAUUUAACGAUUACUUUGGAUAUGUCAAAUGCGGCCGCGCAGUCAUCCAUCUUCUUGUAAUCUUAUUUGGUGUAUCCACUUGGAUUGGCGUCAAUGGAAUAUUUAUUGAACUGCCGCUGCUCGUCAAUAUCGCACCGGAGGGUUGGAAUUUACCCGCCUACAUAGUGAUAGUGGCGCAAUCCGCGAAUAUUGGCCCUGCGAUAUAUACUUUCCUAUACAAGUGUAAAUGCGAUUUGAACGAAUCAUUGUGCAUACUGUGCUUGCUCUGCCUGCAGGUCCUCGCUAUGGGGCUGUUGAUAUUUUUUUAUGAUGAGAUAACUGUCAUCGGUGGUGAGGAACAUAGUUUGGUUCUUUUAAUUUCUGUAUUCUUCAACGCUCUGGUCGGUUGCUUCAGCUCAGUGCUGUUCAUGCCUUAUCUCCGUGACUUUGAUGACAUUUAUAUCGUGUCCUAUUUCAUCGGAGAAGGCUUAAGCGGCGUAUUACCGAGCGUAGUGGCAUUGAUACAAGGUGUUGGAGAGCGUGCAGAAUGUAAUACCGAUCUUAACAAUAUAACAGAAUCAGUUUCUCUUAACGCAUCCGUCACAAAGUCUUCGGGACAAUAUUAUUUCUUGUUUCUAACUCUCGUACUUAUUUUAUCAUUUAUAGCAUUUAUUGUUUUGCGAUAUUCUCCGUUUGUACAAAGUAGGAAGAACUUGUGUAACUCUAAUUCUCUCACGCAAUCUAAGAUACAAUUGGUAGAUUAUAAGCAUCACAAUGAGCUCGAUGUUAUCGCUAGCGUUUCUCAUAUUCAAAACGUUGAUCGUACAUUAACUGAGAAAGAAUGUGAAGCAACGAAUUUUCCGAUUAACAAAGCAAAUAAUUUGACCGACUUUAGGAAAAUUUAUUUGCAUAUUCUAAUUGGAAUAUGUUGUUUCUUUAGUAAUGGAUUUCUUCCAAGUAUCCAGUCGUUCUCGUGUCUGCCGUAUGGCCACCUUGCAUAUCAAUUAUCCAUCAUAUGUGCCCAAUUUGUGAAUCCGCUCGCAUGUUUCCUAACAUUCUGGAUCAUAGUGUCGAAUAUAAAAAUUAUCAAUUGUCUGUUUUUAGUAUGCUUCAUCACCGGUUGUUAUGUUAUAUGUAUAGCUUUAUUAUCUCCCGCUCCACCGUUGCAAGAAUCAAAGAUUGGCAUAGGAUUAAUUAUUCUGUCUUGGAUCCUUCUAAUGGGAGUAAUAUCGUAUUUAAAACUCGUGAUUGUAUCUCUCUUGAAACAAGUAUCAUCCUCAAAUGCACUCUUCAAUAUUGGCGUAGUUAUGCAAGCGGGUUCGGCAAGUGGCGCAAUUAUUUCAUUUAUUUUAAUUAACUUUACCGACUAUUUCGUAGCGUACAACCCGUGUACUGUCUGAAAGGAAUUGUCAAAACUCAAAAGUCAGUACAAUAAUAAAGCGAGCUAUUUUGGUAUGCAAAUCAGUGCAUUAAUGAUAAUAAGUAGAUAAUGUACAGUGCUUUAGGAAAAAUAACGAGUCUUCAUAAAAAUAGCAAUAAAAAAUUAUAAUAUCUUGUACUUAUAUUUUUUAAAAUAAAUUUAAAAAAUAUAUAUUUUAAUUUAGAACAAAAAAGUGUAUUUUAUAUGAAUAGUUUUAGUAUAUUAUAGCACAUAUGCUUUGUAAUUUCAAUAAAGUAAUUAAAUUAGGCUGAGAAACUGCAAUAUUCUAUACAUGCAAACGAGUUUUGUAACGUAUAAUACAUGUGCAUUUAUAACUUCUAUGCUCUUUUGCAUAUAUAUAUUAAUUUACUUAGUAGACGAUAUUUAAAGCAGUAUCUUUUUAAAUAAGAUUACCUCAGUCUGUACAAACGAGUUCACAAUAAAUAAUUUUAUAUAA